CAAGUCAUUACUCUUCCAUUCGAACACAUCUCCGCGUGUAACUCUUUGCAGCCACCGCUUCUCUUCUCUUCUAUUUAAGGAAAGGAGGAGAUUGUCUUGUUCUACUUCUGUCUUCGUUUUCCUUCUCUUUGUACCAAAUUAAUAAAUGGCUUUGAUGGAAACAUUUUAUCUCUCACACGGAGCUCCAACACUUGCCAUUGAUGAAACCGUACCUGCCAGAAAAUUCUUCCAGUCAUGGCAACAAAGUGUUUACAAAGAGAAACCAAGUUCCAUUCUCGUUAUUUCUGCUCAUUGGGAGACUGCACAACCUACUGUUAAUGUUGUUGAUCGAAAUGAUACCAUUUAUGACUUCUAUGGCUUCCCCAAACCCUUGUACCAGAUCAAGUAUACACCACCUGGAGCUCCAGAAUUGGCGAAGAGGGUGAAGGAAUUGCUUUUGGCAUCUGGCAUUGAGCAUGUUGAUGAAGAUAAGAAACGAGGGCUCGACCACGGUGCUUGGGUUCCAUUGAUGUUCAUGUAUCCCGAGGCUGACAUCCCGGUGUGCCAGCUCUCCGUUCAAUCCGAUAGAGAUGGCACUCACCAUUACAACAUGGGGAAGGCUUUGGCCCCUCUCAGAGAGGAAGGUGUCCUCAUCCUCGGAUCCGGAUCUGCUGUGCACAACUUGGGUUCCAGGCUACCUGAUGGCAGUCCUGUUCCUUCAUGGGCGUUGGAGUUUGAUAACUGGCUUAAAGAUGCUCUUAUUGAAGGAAGAUAUGAAGAUGUGAAUCACUACGAGUCAAAGGCACCACAUCCAAAAAUGGCUCACCCUCGGCCGGACCACUUCUACCCACUGCACGUAGCCAUGGGUGCAGCAGGUGAAGAUUCUAAGGCCACAUUAGUGCACAGCAGCUGGACUGAUGGCACCCUUUCUUAUGCUUCCUACCAGUUCACAGCGCCUAAAUAAAAUCUCAUCAACAUUACAAGUGCUGCUGGAGUUCUUGUGGACAUGAAUUUGUGUUAUUUUUUUUAACUAAAUAUUCUGUGUAUUGUUGUUAAUAAAUUUCAGUACAUAUGAUGGAGAUAUAGGGUGAUUGAGAUGGUGCA